GAGGACAAACUCCUUCAUCCAAGUCUCGUUCUCCUCUUCCUGGUCCUCCUGCCCACAGACACCUCAGUCUCUGGAAAACCGCAGUAUAUGGUGCUGGUCCCCUCCCUGCUGCACACUGAGACCCCUGAGAAGGGCUGCCUCCUUCUGAGCCACCUGAAUGAGACAGUGACCGUAAGCGCAUCCUUGGAGUCUGUCAGGGGGAACAGGAGCCUCUUCGCUGACCUGGUGGUGGAGCAGGAUUUAUUCCGCUGCGUCUCCUUCACUGUCCCAAGGUCAUCACCCAAUCAGGAGGUAAUGUUCCUCACCAUCCAAGUGAAAGGACCAACCCAAGAAUUCAAGAGGCGAACCACGGUGAUGGUUAAAAACGAAGAGAGUCUGGUCUUUGUCCAGACAGACAAACCCAUCUACAAACCAGAGCAGACGGUAAAAUUUCGUGUUGUCUCAUUGGAUGAAAAUUUUCACCCCCUGAAUGAUUUGAUUCCACUGGUAUAUGUUGAGGACCCCAAAAGAAAUCGCAUCACACAAUGGCAGAAUCUCAAGUUAGAGAGUGGCCUGAAGCAACUGUCCUUUCCUCUGUCAUCAGAGCCCUUUCAGGGUUCCUACAAGGUGGUGGUGCAGAGGGAAUCAGGAAGGACAGAGCACCCCUUCACCGUGCAGGAAUUUGUGCUUCCCAAGUUUGAAGUGCAAGUAACAGUGCCAAAGAUAAUCACUAUCUUGGAAGAAGAGAUUAACGUGUCAGUGUGUGGCCUAUACACAUAUGGGAAACCUGUCCCAGGACAUGUGACCGUGAAGGUUUGCAGGAAGUUUGGUAACCCUUCCAACUGCUUUGGUGAAGAGUCACAGGCUUCCUGUGAGAAAUUCAGUCAACAGCUAAACAACCAUGGCUGCUUCUCUCAGCAAGUAAAAACCAACAUCUUCCAGCUGAAGAGGCAAGGAUAUGAAAUGAAACUUGAAGUGGAGGCCAAGAUCCAAGAAGAAGGAACAGCGGUAGAAUUAACUGGAAGCGCAUCGACUGAAAUCACAAGAACCAUAACCAAACUCUCGUUUGUGAAAGUGGACUCCUACUUUAGACAAGGGAUCCCAUUCUGUGGGCAGGUGCGCCUAGUGGAUGGGAAAGGCACCCCUAUGCCGAAUAAAAUGAUCUUCAUCACAGCUGAUGCAGCUAACUAUCACUCCAAUGCUACCACUGACGAGCAUGGCUUGGUGCAGUUCUCCAUCAACACCACGAGUGUCACGGGCACCUCUCUCACCGUUAGAGGAAGACACAAGGAUCAUCAUUCCUGUUACGGCUACCAGUGGCUGACAGAAGAGAAUGAGGAAGCACACCACACUGCUUACCUCGUGUUCUCCCCAAGCAAGAGCUUUGUCCACCUGGAGCCUGUGCCUGGCCAGCUGCCCUGUGGCCAGACUCGGACGCUGCAGGCACAUUACAGUCUGAACGGACAGGUCCUGAAGGAACUGGAGGAGCUUGUCUUUUACUAUCUGAUAAUGGCAAAGGGAGGCAUUGUCCGAGAGGGGACUCACAUCCUUCCUGUGGAGCAGGGGGAUGCUCCAGUGAAAGGCCAUUUUCCUGUGUCAGUUCCUGUGAAGUCAGACAUUUCUCCCAUUGCACGAUUGCUCAUCUAUGCCAUUUUACCUGACGGGGAAGUGAUUGCAGAUUCUGAAAAAUAUGAGGUUGAAAAUUGUCUGGCCAACAAGGUGGAUUUGAGCUUCAGUCCAGCACAAAGUCUUCCAGCCUCCCACGCCCACCUGCGAAUCGCAGCUUCUCCUCAGUCCCUCUGUGCUCUCCGUGCCGUGGACCAGAGUGUGCUGCUCUUGAGGCCUGAGGCUGAGCUCUCCCCGUCCUCGGUUUAUAACCUGCUACCAGUAAAGGACCUCACUGGCUUCCCUGAGAGUUUAAAUCAGCAGGAAGAAGACAAGGAAGAUUGUGUCAAUCUCAAUAAUGCCUAUAUUAAUGGAAUCAUGUAUUCCCCGGUAUCCAAUACAAAUGAAAAAGACAUGUAUAGCUUCCUACAGGGUAUGGGCUUAAAGGCAUUCACCAACUCAAAGAUUCGUAAACCCAAAGUAUGUUCUCAGCCUCAACAUUGUGAAACACAGACAACUGGUAGUUAUCGUGUAGCUUAUUUAGAGUCAGAUAUGAUGGAACGAGGCCGUGGAGAUGCACUGAAGGCAUCUGUUUCAGAGCCUCGCAUGGAGACGGUACGAAAGUACUUCCCGGAGACGUGGAUCUGGGACUUGGUGGCGGUAGACUCAUCAGGUGUGGCUGAAGUAGGAGUAACAGUCCCAGAUACCAUCACUGAGUGGAAGGCAGGGGCCCUCUGCCUGUCCAGUGACACUGGACUCGGUCUUUCUCCCACUGCCUCUCUUCGAGCCUUCCAGCCCUUCUUUGUGGAGCUCACAAUGCCUUACUCUGUGAUCCGUGGAGAGGCCUUCACGCUCAAAGCCACUGUGUUAAACUAUCUUCCCAAAUGCAUACGGGUCAGUGUGCAGCUGGAAGCCUCUCCCGCGUUCCUAGCGGUCCCAGUAGAGAAGGGACAAGAGACUCACUGCAUCUGUGGCAAUGGGUGGCAGACUGUGUCCUGGGAAGUAACUCCAAAGUCAUUAGGAAAUGUGAAUUUCACUGUAAGUGCAGAGGCACUGGAGUCGCAAGAGCUGUGUGGGACCGAGGUGGCUAUGGUCCCUGAAUAUGGAAAGAAAGACACAAUUGUCAAGCCCUUGUUGGUUGAACCUGAAGGACUAGAGAAGGAAGCAACAUUCAACUCCCUGCUUUGUCCCUCAGGUGCUGAAGUAUCUGAACAAAUAUUCCUGAAGCUGCCACCAAAUGUGGUAGAAGAAUCUGCCCGAGCCUCUGUCUCAGUUUUGGGAGACAUAUUAGGCUCUGCCAUGCAAGAUACACAGAAUCUCCUCCAGAUGCCCUUUGGCUGUGGAGAACAGAAUAUGGUCCUCUUUGCUCCUAACAUCUAUGUUCUGGAUUAUCUAAAUGAAACACAGCAGCUGACUCCAGAGAUCAAGUCUAAGGCCAUUGGAUAUCUCAACACUGGUUACCAGAGACAGUUGAAUUACAAGCACUCUGAUGGCUCCUACAGCACCUUUGGGGAGAAAUAUAGCAGGAACAAGGGCAAUACCUGGCUCACAGCCUUUGUGCUGAAGACUUUUGCCCAGGCUCGAGCAUAUAUCUACAUCGAUGAAGCACACAUUACCCAAGCCCUCACCUGGCUCUCGCAAAAGCAGAAGGACAACGGCUGUUUCAAGAGCUCUGGGUCACUGCUCAACAACGCCAUGAAGGGAGGAGUAGAAGAUGAAGUGACUCUUUCCGCCUAUAUCACCAUUGCCCUUCUGGAGAUUCCUCUCCCAGUCACUCACCCUGUUGUCCGCAAUGCCCUGUUCUGCCUGGAGUCAGCCUGGAAGACAACACAGAAAGUGGCCCAUGGCAGCCAUGUCUACACCAAGGCACUGCUGGCCUAUGCUUUUGCCCUGGCAGGUGACCAGGACAAGAGGAAAGAGAUACUGAAAUCACUUGAGGAGGAAGCUGUGAAAGAAGAUAAUUCUAUCCACUGGACACGACCUCAGAAACCCAGGGCACCAGAAGGGCAUGUUUAUCAGCCCCAGGCUCCUUCUGCUGAGGUGGAGAUGACGUCCUAUGUGCUCCUGGCUCGCCUCACGGCCCAGCCAGCCCCAAGCUCAGAGGACCUGAACUCCGCAACGCACGCUGUGAAAUGGAUCACAAAGCAGCAGAAUUCCCAUGGCGGCUUCUCCUCCACCCAGGACACCGUAGUGGCUCUCUACGCAUUGUCCAGAUAUGGAGCAGCCACUUUUACCAGAACUGGGAAGGCUGCACAGGUGACCAUCCAGUCUUCAGGAACAUUUUCCACAAAAUUCCAAGUGGACGACCACAACCGCCUGUUACUACAGCAGGUCUCAUUGCCAGAGGUGCCUGGGGAGUACAGUGCAAGAGUGACAGGGGAAGGAUGUGUCUACAUCCAGACAUCCUUGAAAUACAACAUUCUUCCAGAAAAGGAAGAUUUCCCAUUUGCUUUAGUGGUGCAGACUGUGCCCCAAACUUGUGACGGAACCAAAGACCACACCAGCUUCCAGAUUUCACUGAAUGUCAG